AUGGCUACAAUCAAGGCCAUAGAGUCUCGCUCGGUUCACCAAAUCCAAUCUGGCCAGGUAAUUGUUGAUCUAAGCUCAGUGGUCAAGGAACUUGUCGAGAACAGCCUCGAUGCAGGGGCAUCAUCUAUCGAGAUAAGAUUCAAGAAUCAAGGGCUUGAUUCCAUUGAAGUACAAGACAAUGGCAAAGGCAUUGCUCCAGAGGAUUUUGAGACUGUAGCUCUCAAGCAUUACACAUCUAAACUCUCUAGCUAUGAAGAUAUUGAUACCCUUGACACAUUCGGCUUCCGCGGCGAAGCUUUGUCGUCUUUAUGUGCCUUGUCAAAGUUCCACAUCCUAACGGCCAGAGCGGAAGAUGGCGCCGCAGGCAAAAGACUCGACUUUGAACAAUCUGGGAAGCUCAAAAGCGCAAGUGUUGCUCCGGCGCAAAAGGGCACGACGGUGUGUGUAGAUGACCUCUUCCACAAUCUGCCCGUGCGCCGAAAGGAGCUAGAAAAGAAUGUCAAACGCGAAUAUGGAAAGGUACUCAACUACUUAUAUGCAUAUGCAUGUAUCAGUGUGGGCGUUCGCUUCAUGGUCAGCAAUACUAUGCCAAAGGGCAAGCGUAUCCCUCUAUUCACGACCAAGAAUAACCCGUCCACCAGGGAAAACAUCAUAAACAUUUUUGGAGCUAAAACACUAUCCGCGUUAGUGCCUCUGGAUUUGGGCUUCGACAUGGAGCCUUCAACGAGCAUCAUGAGCCAGGUCGGUGGUCAACACGGAUCGAAUGAAGUCCGCGUGGAGGGCCACAUCUCCAAACCUGUCUUCGGCGAAGGGCGUCAAGCUCCUGAUCGCCAGAUGUUUUUCGUCAACUCGCGACCUUGUCUUCUUCCUCAAAUCUCAAAGGUUAUCAAUGAUGUCUACAGAUCAUUCAAUGUCUCCCAAUCACCCUUCGUCUUCGCAAAUCUUAUCAUGAAUACCAAUGCUUAUGAUGUUAAUGUCUCGCCGGACAAGCGGACCAUUCUUCUACAUGACCAAGUAGCUUUGCUUGAAAGCCUGAAGAGCAGUCUGACCGAGCUUUUUGAAACGGCAGAACAGACUGUUCCGCAGACACAUCUACCCAGCCAGAGUCGAUCGUCACAUCGCGUGUCGAGUAUAUCUCAGCGAGCGCAUUCUCUUGAUGGAAGUGCGCAGGAUGACUCUGAAACAACACCAUUGGGACGCAUCGGGCGUGUAGAGUCUGAAGCAAGCGAUUCAUUACGAAGUAACGGAAGGGAUGUCGAAGCCAGUCCGAGCUUGAUUAAGAAUUGGGCCACUCGCGGCUUCAGCGUUCGCAAGGAGUCUCCAGAUGAUCCAGACCGACGCCGCGCCACUGAUCAAGCAGCCGCAGGCAAUGGCUUGAAUGGAUCGUUUUGUAAGGCAUCCGAUCUCUUAAGCUCCAUGGAAGAGGACUCGGCACCUCGAUUACCUGUACAUACAGAUGAGGAGCCUAAUGCGGCGGGUCCAAGAGUCGCAAACGGCCGGAAGACUGCGGAUGGUGACAAUUCGCGGGAGCAAUUUUCAGGCCGCGAGCCGACAGGACUCACAAAUUCAAAUCAGCCAACGAUACGAAGUAUGUCUUUGCUCUCCCACAGAAGCUCGCCCGGGCCGGUACAAAGUGCGUUUGAUCGAAUGCGACCAAGACACUCACCACACCAGAUUGCUCAUAUCACAAUUGGCUCAGAGCCAACCAGAACUUCUAUUGGAUCAGCGUCGUCACAGAAGAAGCGGAGGAUCCAUAUUCCUAACAUAUCGCGUUCAUCUAUCAACAGCACCGAAAGCCCUCUUGCGCUGCGUGGCAACAAGGAGCGAUUCGCUGGUCUGAAUAAUCAACACGACAAUGAUAGCGAAGAUCCCACAUCAGAUGAGCAUAGCGAAAGCCAGUCUGAGCAUGGCGAUCUUUCUGACGCAGCAAGCAGUGCAGGUGCAGCCGAUGACACUGGUGAAGCGAUGACUUCUGCGCAGCAGACAGGAUCCAGACGGACGAAAAUAGACGCUGACAAGAGUCUAUUCGUCAACGAGGGCGAUUCUGACGAGGAGCCGAUUGACGAAGUCGCACAUCGAGUAGAUGAAGAUGGGCGCGUUGCACGACUUAUCCUCGACGCCGAGGAAACGAGCAUCAGACCUGGCCAUGAUCAUGUCAAACGGGCAACACAAUCGCUCAAAUACAAUAGCAAUCGAAAAGAUUCUGUGUUAAGACUUGCCACCACUGUCUUAUCUGCAGAGGAAGAAGUCGCCUUCCAGAUGCAAUUCACUGAUCCUUGCCGGUCAUUUCCCAUUGAAACAGAUAGCAGUAAUACGCAUAUCUUGCACGAGAUUGACUCUUCCGAAGCGGAAAAUACAUUAUCGCUUACCGUCAGCAAAAGCGACUUUUCCAAUAUGAGAGUGGUGGGCCAAUUCAAUCUCGGCUUCAUCUUGGCCGUGCGACCACCUACAGAGGUACAAAACGAAGACGACCUCUUUAUUAUCGAUCAGCAUGCCGCAGACGAAAAAUUCAAUUUCGAGAAGUUGCAGCGCACCGUGACUCUACAGAGUCAACGCCUGGUGCGACCAAAGGUUCUUGAACUCACCGCCUUUGAGCAGGAGGUCAUCUUGAACAAUCACGAUGCUCUGACAUUCAACGGAUUCGAAGUGGAGGCAAUACCGCUCCCUGCAAACCAGAUUGACGAUGAAGAGACAACGCCGCAGACCCAAACAUUCCGACUUUUGACGCUGCCGACGAGUCAGCAAACCACGUUCGCGUUGUCAGACCUUGAAGAGCUCGUGCAUCUACUCUCGGAGACGGGGAGCAUCUCAAACGAAGCUAGUAUCCCGCGUCCUACAAAAGUCAGGAAAAUGCUUGCUAUGAGAGCAUGUCGGAGCAGUAUCAUGGUCGGCAAGACGCUGACGACAAAACAGAUGUCGCAGGUGGUCACGAACAUGGGCGGAAUGGAGAAGCCUUGGAAUUGCCCUCAUGGACGGCCGACCAUGCGACAUCUUGCGCGCAUGGGUGCAUGGCAAGGGUGGCGCGAGGGAGAUGACAUGGAUGAACUUGCGCAUGACGAUAGCGAGUCACAACGAACUGCACGGACAGAUUGGUCGAGUUGGCUUCAAACAACGACGGCAUCGCAAUCCUCUCAAGAAUAA